GUGCCGGUAGGGAGGCAGAGCAGCAGCUGAAGUCGCAGACAAAGACACGGAGCGCAGCGCGAUCCUGCAGCAUCCACGCCCACCCACACACACUCACACAGCAGCAGCAGCAGCAGCAGCGCACUGUACCACUGACCCAUAAUUCCUCAGUACAAGACCUUCACCACCACUAUGGAUGCCCCCUCUGAACAUGUUGCCAUGGAGCUGGACUUCGGCCAUUUUGAUGAGCGGGACAAGGCGUCUCGGACCCCACGAGGUGGACGGCCCAACGGCCUCCCCAGCCCCACUCACAGCGCUCACUGCAGUUUUUACCGUACACGCACCCUCCAGGCUCUGACCAAUGAGAAGAAGGCUAAGAAGGUACGGUUCUACCGCAACGGCGACCGCUACUUCAAGGGCAUCGUGUAUGCAGUGGCCAGUGACCGUUUCCGCACGUUUGAUGCUCUGCUGGCUGACCUGACCCGCUCUCUGUCUGACCACAUCAACCUGCCACAAGGGGUCAGAUACAUCUUCACCAUCGAUGGAUCACAGAAGAUCACCAAUCUGGAUGAGCUCGAGGAAGGUGAGAGCUAUGUUUGCGCCUCCGAGAACUACUACAAGAAAGUGGACUACACCAAAAAUGUGAACCCCAACUGGUCGGUCAAUGUGAAAGCAUCAGCCAGCCAGAAGAACAUGCUGGCUAAUCGCACAGCCUGUGAGCCGAGGGAGAACAAGGACUUUGUGCGACCCAAACUGGUGACUGUGAUGAGGAGCGGAGUGAAGCCACGGAAGGCCGUCCGUGUGCUGCUCAAUAAGAAGACGGCGCACUCUUUCGAGCAGGUGCUCACUGACAUCACAGAGGCCAUCAAACUCGAGAGCGGAGCAGUGAAAAGGAUCUACACACUGGAUGGCAAACAGGUGACUUGCUUGCAAGAUUUCUUUGGUGAUGAUGACGUUUUCAUUGCCUGUGGACCAGAAAAAUUUCGCUAUGCACAGGAUGACUUCUCUCUGGAUGAAAACGAGUGUCGGGUGAUGAAGGCCCCUAAAGGACAGAGGGGCUCCACUAAGAGUCCCGGCCCAAUGCGACGCAGCAAGUCUCCGGCUGAUUCCACUAAUGGAACAGGCUCCAGUAGUCAGCUCUCUACGCCCAUCUCUAAGCAGUCGCCCAUCUCGACCCCGACUAGCCCCGGCAGCACUCGCAAACAAAAGGAUCUAUACUUGCCUCUGUCUCUGGAAGAUGACGAUUCACAGGGGGAGUCCAUGUAGACUCUUUCCGCUCCGUACGCCAAUCAACAUGCCAGUCACAGAGGCAUCUCUGGUGCUAUCUGUCUUUGAAACAUCAACAUCACCGCCCCAGUUGCCAGGGUGAAUGCACGCAUCACCUUUGCUGCCCCUUGGCCGUCAGGCUUUAGACCUCGAGGCUUUGCAGCGAUGGUCAUUGCACUAUUUGCUGCUUGAGAAUUUGUUGCAUCCAUUUUCUGUGUUUUGAUAAUAGAUUUGUAGUGACUGAUGGAAAUGUUAAGUAUAUGCGGGGCAUAUGCUGCAGUUUUCUCUUGUAUUAUAACAACAAACACCCAAAUUUGUACAUGUGGUCUGCUGUGGCAAUUCAUUUUAUAUAUAUGAGAAAUUUGAGAAACUUAACUGUUAACACACAGCAGGUCAGUUUAACUCUUUAAACAUCCAACCAUCAUUUUUUAAGCCAAUAGUUUUGACUUUUUCAUACUGACUUUUUUAAAAGCUUGGUCUUAUGAAUUUCAAGCAGCAAAUAGUCAUUUUUACAAGGGUGUGAUAGUCUGACUUGUACAAGAGAAAAAAUACAACAAAAAAUGUAAAAGAAAAAAAAAAGGAAGAAAAAAAAAACUUGCACCAUUAAUAAUUUUUAUUAAUCUCGUUUUGUAACCCUCUUUCUCUCUCUCUGUGCAAUGGUUUAGUGUGUUUUAAAGCCCAUUGAGUUGAAAUAGAGUCCACAGAAAAGACUCUAUCCAUAUCACUGUAAAUAAUGUGUACAGCCUACUCUAAGACACCAACAUCUAUGUUUUUACAUUGUUGCAAUGUCUUUAAAACAUAGAUAUAAUGUUAAAUGUCAAUAGCUCUGAAGGUACUCAUUGCAGAUUGAGAGGGGGGCCAAAAGCCAUAUAACAAGGUCUUUUUGCUUUCAAAAACAAUCACAUUGGGUUUUGAAAAGGCAAAAGAUUAGGUAAUAACAGCAGCAGAUUUCUGUUGAAAGGGAUGUGAUUUAAGGAAUAGGAAAAUUAAAACCAGUAUGACUUUAUUUCUAAAAUAAAAAAGGAAUAUAAGAUUGUACGUUCAAUUAAUACAUAGUCUUCUAAAGCCACAUGAUUGCUCGAUAUGAGGGACAGAGCAAAAUUUAAGUCCUUAUUCACUGAAAACCUUGCUCUCUACUGCAUGUCAUUCACAAGAAGAUUCUGAUGCAAGAUUUCAUGGCAUUGUUUGUCAUAUGUGUUAUAUCCAGUUGUGACACAUCAAGUUUGAAUAGGUUGAAUAUUUGAAUUUCUCACACAAAGCUAUUUUAAGUAAUUAAACCAUUUAUGGUGCUUAUUUGAAGCUCCGAAUAGCUUUGUGGUAUGAAAAAGAGUAGCAUGAAGAUUCUUCAAAAGAUUAAAUGUCGUACAGGUUUAGAGCGACAUGAUGACCAUGAUGACUAUUCCUUUUGAAACUGAGUUUGAAAAUGUAUUUUAAGGUAGUGUCCUUUUUCAGAAAGCCAAAGUUAUGUUGAAAAGAGGGAAGCUGAAAAAUAAUAUUUUCUCUCCCCCAGUGGUGAUGUACAUAACGGAGUCUCUCGUUCAUACAGUAGUUCUUAUUUGAAGAUGAACAGAAUUUCACACCUGAACAUUUACAUAUUAGAAAACCAAAUAGAUACGACAUGAUGAUGGAAUUCGGUGUAUAAUAGCAAAUUGCAUUCAUUUCUCAAUCACAACAUCAAAAUGAUCUCUGCAAGUGUCAUGAUAUCUGUUGAUCAAAAAAAAAAAAAAAAAAACUAGCACAACAAAACUGCACAAAUUAAGCAAACCCUUUGAUGAUCCUUUUUAAAAAUAUAAUUUCCAUUCUCCGAUUUUCCACUGAAGUGUCUCCUGAUGAUUUUUCACCUUCCAUGGUGCCUUUUAUUAACCAUCCUUUAUGAAAAAAGCAAAAAAAAACAAAACAAAAAAAAAAUCUUCAAGAAAACUAAAAACACUCAUCUGUCAGUUGUUUACUGUAUCUUUUUGAACUGUUUGAUAUGAAGUUGGGCUCAAACACUAACUAUAACUACACACUCUGUAAUCUGUUACUGUAGUAGUUUAUCAGGGUAAUUUCUUCAGACAUGGUGCAGAUGCUCUCUUUUCUCCUAUAGUGCUGUAAACACAGUUGCUUGUGUACUGAUAUUUUUGGGCUUGGGAACAUUAAAAAAAAAAAAAAUCAGACUUCCUCUCUGAUUAUCAUGUACUUCCUGCUGUAUCAUUGUGACUUGUUUUGGUGAUGUCAUUCUGUGUAUUAAACUUCUCUCUUUACUAUUAAAA